AUGACCCACAGCCCCGCGUCAAGCGAGGACGAGGAACGCCACAGUGCCAGCGAGUGUCCCGAGGGGGGCUCAGAGUCCGACAGCUCCCCAGACGGGCCUGGGAGAGGCCCCCGGGGGACCCGGGGCCGGGGCAGCGGUGCAGCUGGUAGCCUGGCCUCCAUCCGAGGCCUCCAGGGCCGCUCCAUGUCCGUCCCAGACGACGCCCACUUCAGCAUGAUGGUUUUUAGGAUCGGCAUCCCUGACCUCCACCAGACAAAAUGCCUGCGCUUCAACCCGGAUGCCACCAUCUGGACCGCCAAGCAGCAGGUGCUCUGCGCCCUGAGCGAGAGCCUCCAGGACGUGCUCAACUAUGGCCUGUUUCAGCCAGCCACCUCGGGCCGGGACGCCAACUUCCUGGAGGAAGAGCGGCUGCUGCGGGAGUACCCCCAGUCCUUCGAGAAGGGGGUGCCCUACCUGGAGUUCCGAUACAAGACCCGUGUUUACAAGCAGACCAACCUGGAUGAGAAGCAGCUGGCCAAGUUGCACACGAAGACGGGGUUGAAGAAGUUCCUGGAGUACGUGCAGCUCGGGACAUCCGAUAAGGUGGCACGGCUGCUGGACAAGGGGCUGGACCCCAAUUAUCACGACUCGGAUUCAGGAGAGACCCCCCUGACGCUGGCUGCCCAGACCGAAGGCUCCGUAGAGGUGAUUCGAACCCUGUGCCUGGGCGGGGCGCACAUCGACUUCCGGGCCCGGGAUGGCAUGACCGCGCUACACAAGGCUGCCUGUGCCCGCCACUGCCUCGCUCUGACGGCGCUCCUGGAUCUUGGGGGCUCCCCCAACUACAAGGACCGCCGAGGGCUGACUCCCCUGUUCCACACGGCUAUGGUGGGGGGUGACCCCCGCUGCUGUGAGCUGCUCCUGUACAACAGGGCCCAGCUGGGCAUAGCUGAUGAGAACGGCUGGCAGGAGAUUCACCAGGCCUGCCAGCGGGGUCAUUCUCAGCAUCUGGAACAUCUGCUUUUCUAUGGAGCUGAGCCUGGUGCCCAGAACGCCUCGGGGAACACGGCCCUGCACAUCUGUGCCCUCUACAAUAAGGAGACGUGUGCUAGGAUCCUUCUCUAUCGAGGGGCCAACAAGGAUGUCAAGAAUAACAGUGGACAGACCCCCUUCCAGGUGGCAGUGAUCGCUGGGAAUUUUGAACUUGGGGAGCUGAUCCGAAACCAUCGAGAACAGGACGUGGUGCCCUUCCAGGAGUCCCCCAAGUAUGCAGCCCGGCGCCGGGGACCCCCGGGCACAGGGCUGACGGUGCCCCCCGCGCUGCUGCGGGCCAACAGCGAUACCAGCAUGGCCCUGCCCGACUGGAUGGUGUUCGCCGCCCCGGGGACCUCGUCCACGGGGGCCCCCGGCCCAACCUCAGGGCCCCAGGGCCAGGCGCAGCCCGCCGCCCCCAGUGCCAAGCUCAGCAGCGGGACCCUGCGGAGUGCCAGCAGCCCCCGGGGCGCCCGGGCCCGCUCCCCAUCCCGCGGGAGGCACCCCGAGGAGGCCAAGCGUCAGCCUCGUGGACGGCCCAGCUCCAGCGGGACACCCCGGGAAGGGCCGGCCGGGGGCACGGGGGGCUCCGGGGGCCCCGGGGGCUCCCUGGGCAGCCGCGGGAGACGCAGGAAGCUCUACUCGGCCGUCCCUGGACGCUCCUUCAUGGCGGUGAAGUCCUACCAGGCCCAAGCCGAGGGGGAGAUCUCCCUGAGCAAGGGCGAAAAGAUCAAAGUGCUUAGCAUCGGGGAAGGAGGCUUCUGGGAAGGCCAGGUCAAAGGUCGCAUUGGCUGGUUCCCCUCUGACUGCCUGGAAGAGGUGGCCAACCGCUCCCAGGAAGCAAAGCAAGAAAGCCGAAGUGACAAGGCAAAGAGACUCUUCCGGCAUUAUACCGUGGGCUCCUACGACAGCUUUGAUGCCCCAAGCUUGAUGGAUGGGAUUGGCCCAGGGAGCGAUUACAUCAUCAAAGAGAAGACAGUUCUGCUGCAGAAGAAGGACAGUGAGGGGUUUGGGUUCGUGCUCCGGGGGGCCAAGGCGCAGACCCCCAUCGAGGAGUUCACCCCCACCCCAGCCUUCCCGGCACUGCAGUAUCUGGAGUCGGUGGACGAGGGCGGUGUGGCAUGGCGGGCUGGACUGCGAAUGGGAGACUUCCUCAUCGAGGUGAAUGGGCAGAACGUGGUGAAGGUCGGCCACCGGCAGGUGGUGAACAUGAUCCGCCAAGGGGGCAACACGCUGAUGGUCAAGGUGGUGAUGGUCACCAGGCACCCGGACAUGGAUGAAGCUGUUCAUAAGAAAGCACCCCAGCAAGCUAAGCGGCUCCCGCCCCCAACCAUCUCCUUGCGUUCCAAGUCUAUGACCUCCGAGCUGGAGGAGAUGGUCUCCCCCUGGAAGAAGAAGAGUGAGUACGAGCAGCCGCCGCCGCCGGUGCCCAGCAUGGAGAAAAAGCGGACCGUGUAUCAGAUGGCUCUCAACAAACUGGAUGAAAUCUUGGCGGCAGCUCAGCAGACCAUCAGUGCAAGCGAGAGUUCUGGGCCUGGUGGCCUGGCUUCCCUGGGCAAACACCGACCCAAAGGCUUCUUUACCACUGAGUCAAGCUUUGAUCCCCACCACCGCUCCCAGCCAAGUUACGAACGUCCUUCCUACCUGCCUCCUGGACCCGGGCUCAUGCUCCGGCAAAAAUCUAUUGGGGCUGCAGAAGACGAUAGACCCUACCUAGCACCCCCAGCCAUGAAGUUCAGCCGCAGUCUGUCUGUGCCUGGUUCGGAGGACAUCCCCCCGCCGCCCACCACGUCCCCACCAGAGCCCCCCUACAGCACACCUCCAGCCCCGUCCUCCUCCGGCCGCCUCACUCCCUCUCCCCGGGGUGGGCCCUUCAACCCCAGCUCAGGUGGCACCCACCCGGCCUCAUCCCCGGCGUCCUUCGAUGGGCCCGCCCCCCCUGACACCCGGAUAGGGAGCCGAGAGAAGAGCUUGUAUCACAGCGGGCCCCUGCCCCCUGCCCAUCACCACCCGCCCCACCAUCACCACCACCACGCCCCGCCCCCCCCGCCCCACCACCACCACGCCCACCCGCCUCACCCCCCGGAGAUGGAGACCGGCGGCUCCCCCGACGACCCCCCACCCCGCCUGGCUCUGGGGCCCCAGCCCAGCCUGCGAGGCUGGCGGGGCGGCGGGCCCAGCCCGACCCCGGGGGCCCUGUCCCCGUCGCACCACGGCAGCGGGGGCGGCGCGGGCGGCCCCUCCCAGGCCCCGGCGCUGCGCUACUUCCAGCUGCCUCCUCGGGCGGCCAGCGCGGCCAUGUACGUGCCCGCCCGUUCCGGCCGCGGGCGCAAGGGCCCGCUGGUCAAGCAGACCAAAGUCGUCGAAGGCGAGCCCCAGAAGGGCGGCGGCCUCACGCCCGCCCCCUCGCCCACGUCUCCGGCGUCCCCGCAGCCGCCGCCGCCGCCGCCGCCGGCCGCGGCCGCCCCGUCGGAAAAGAACUCCAUCCCCAUCCCCACCAUCAUCAUCAAGGCGCCGUCCACCAGUAGCAGCGGCCGCAGCAGCCAGGGAAGCAGCACCGAGGCGGAGCCCCCGAGCCAGCCCGAGGCCGCGGGCGGCGGCGGCGGCUCUUCCGCGCCCAGCCCCGCCCCGGCCGUGUCGCCCGUGCCGCCGUCCCCCUCGCCCGUGCCCACCCCCGCCUCGCCCAGUGGCCCGGCCACCCUGGAUUUCACCAGCCAGUUCGGAGCGGCCCUGGUGGGGGCGGCUCGGAGGGAAGGGGGCUGGCAGAACGAAGCCCGCCGGCGGUCCACGCUCUUCCUCUCCACCGACGCGGGCGACGAGGACGGCGGCGACAGCUCGCUGGGCCCAGGGGCGCCCCCGGGCCCCCGGCUGCGCCACUCCAAGUCCAUCGACGAAGGCAUGUUUUCGGCCGAGCCCUACCUCCGGCUGGAGUCGGCGGGCGCCAGCAGCGGCAGCGGCUACGCGGGCUACGCGGCCGGGGGCCGAGCCUACGGGGGCAGCAGCGCCUUUACCAGCUUCCUGCCGCCGCGACCCCUGGUCCACCCGCUGACCGGCAAGGCCCUGGACCCGGCCUCCCCGCUCGGGCUGGCCCUGGCCGCCCGGGAGCGGGCGCUGAAGGAGUCCUCGGAGGGCGGUGGGCCCCCCCAGCCCCCUCCAAGGCCCCCAUCGCCCCGCUACGAGGCCCCGCCGCCCACCCCACACCACCACUCGCCCCACGCCCACCACGAGCCAGUGCUGCGCCUCUGGGGAGCCUCGCCCCCGGACCCGGCCCGCCGGGAGCUGGGGUACCGGGCAGGGCUGGGCAGCCAGGAGAAGUCCCUUCCGGCCAGCCCUCCGGCGGCCCGACGCUCCUUGCUGCACCGCCUGCCUCCCACAGCUCCCGGGGUCGGGCCCCUCCUGCUGCAGCUGGGGCCCGAGCCCCCCGCCCCGCACCCCGGGGUGAGCAAGCCCUGGAGAUCCGGCGCCCCCCCGGAGGAGCCCGAGCGGCUGCCCCUCCACGUGCGGUUCCUGGAGAACUGUCAGCCCCGGGCCGGGGGGACGGGUGGAAGGGGGCCCCCCUCGGAGGACGGGCCGGGGGUCCCGCCGCCCAGUCCGCGCCGCUCGGCGCCGCCCUCGCCGACCUCCCCGCGGGGCAGUGAAGAGAACGGGCUCCCCCUGCUGGUCCUGCCGCCGCCCGCCCCCUCGGUGGACGUGGAAGACGGCGAAUUCCUCUUUGUGGAACCGCUGCCCCCGCCCCUCGAGUUUUCCAACAGCUUCGAGAAGCCGGAGUCGCCCCUCACUCCCGGGCCUCCCCACCCGCUGCCGGACCCACCCACCCCGACCAGCCCCUUGCCCCCUGGGCCACCCCCGGCCGUGGCAGCCGCCCCUCCCACCCUGGACUCGACCGCAUCCAGCCUGACUUCCUAUGACAGCGAGGUGGCAACGCUGACCCAGGGGGCCCCCGCGGCUCCCGGGGACCCCCCUCCGCCAGGCCCUCCCGCCCCAGCCGCCCCGGCUCCCCCAGCCCCCCAACCUGGCCCAGACCCUCCGCCGGGCACGGAUUCUGGUAUUGAGGAGGUGGACAGUCGGAGCAGCAGCGACCACCCCCUGGAGACCAUCAGCAGCGCCUCCACGCUGAGCAGCCUGUCCGCUGAAGGCGGGGGCGGCGCAGGGGCUGGAACCGGGGGCGUCGGAGGCAGUGGCGGCGCCAGCGUGGCCGGUGGGCCGGAGCUCCUGGACACCUACGUGGCCUACUUGGACGGCCAGGCCUUCGGGGGCAGCGGCACUCCUGGCCCCCCGUACCCCCCGCAGCUCAUGACUCCCUCUAAGCUCCGGGGCCGGGCGCUUGGGGCCGGAGGAGGCCUGCGGCCGGGCCCCGGCGGGGGACUCCGAGACCCUGUCACUCCCACCAGCCCCACUGUCUCGGUGACGGGGGCGGGAACGGAUGGGCUGCUGGCCCUCAGCGGUUGCCCGGGAUCCUCGACGGCAGGCGUGGCUGGCGGCCCCGUAGCUGUAGAGCCGGAAGGUCCGCCAGUGCCCUUGCCGUCGGCCUCCUCCCUGCCUCGGAAGCUGCUGCCCUGGGAGGAGGGCCCGGGCCCGCCGCCGCCCCCGCUGCCGGGGCCCUUAGCCCAGCCUCAGGCCUCAGCCUUGGCCACUGUAAAAGCCAGCAUCAUCAGUGAACUCAGCUCCAAGCUUCAACAGUUUGGGGGCUCCUCGGCAGCUGGUGGCGCUCUGCCCUGGGCCCGGGGAGGCAGCGGGGGAAGCGGGGACAGCCACCACGGGGGAGCCAGCUACAUCCCGGAGCGGACUUCCUCCCUGCAGCGGCAGAGACUCUCCGAAGACUCCCAGUCCUCGCUCCUCUCCAAACCUGUGAGCAGCCUGUUUCAGAACUGGUCCAAACCACCUCUGCCACCACUCCCCACAGGAACCGCGGUGUCCCCUUCAGCCGCUGCAGCCCCGGGGGCCACCUCCCCAUCCGCUUCCUCCUCCUCCACGUCCGCCCGCCACCUCCAGGGCGUGGAGUUCGAGAUGCGCCCACCUUUGCUCCGCCGGGCCCCCAGCCCCUCGCUGCUGCCCGCCUCGGAGCACAAGGUCAGCCCUGCGCCCCGGCCCUCGUCCCUCCCUAUCCUGCCUUCCGGACCCCUCUACCCGGGCCUCUUUGACAUCCGCGGCUCCCCCACCGGAGGAGCAGGAGGCUCGGCCGACCCCUUCGCCCCCGUCUUUGUGGCGCCCCACCCCGGGAUGUCCGGGGGUCUCGGCGGGGCCUUGUCAGGGGCCUCCCGCUCCCUCUCACCGACCCGCCUGCUUUCCCUGCCCCCGGACAAGCCGUUCGGCGCUAAACCUCUGGGCUUCUGGACCAAGUUCGAUGUGGCUGACUGGCUAGAGUGGCUGGGCUUGGCCGAACACCGAGCCCGGUUCCUGGACCACGAGAUCGAUGGCUCCCACCUGCCCGCCUUGACCAAGGAGGACUACGUCGAUUUGGGGGUGACCAGGGUGGGACACCGCAUGAACAUCGACCGGGCUCUCAAGUUUUUCCUGGAGAGGUGA